AUGGCGAGACCCCAACUCAAGCGUCUCAAAGUGGAAACUCUUCCCACUUCUGAGCAGAGUCGAGAGCUUUGUUCCAAGUAUCUCGUCGUCGUCAAGAAAAUCCAAGCCAAAAAAGAUGAGCUAGUGAGACCAGAAUCGGAGAAGUUCGAUGUGAUUGUCGAUGAAGUGGAAACCUUAUUCCGUGAAGUUCAGAAGCCAAGGGAGCAAGUUGCCGAUGGUGAAGCAUUGUUGGGGCUUGCUAAUGCCCUUGCAACAUCUGCCAAGUCACAUUCGAUCGGUGGCGUUACUCCAUCUGAUUUCAUCACAUUUUUGUUCAGACAUUUCAGAAAAAGCUCCUCUGAACUUGAUUGGAAUGGUGUUGGUUUAGCUGUUUCUCCCAUUUUCAUGAAGGCUUUUGGCUCUACCACCAUGAUUGGACCAAUGAGUAAUCAAGCUAUGAAGAACUGUUUCUUAAAGAUACCAACUAUGGAUGAAAUAAGGAAAAAGCCUAGGAGUAAUAGAAAACGUACGAAGCCAACUGAAAUUGCUCGACCUGAGAAGUGUUUCAACAGUUACAUAACUAGUGUACAUGUGAAACAGUUUGAUGAUGCUCGAGCAGAAGAAAAAUCUGAUACAUACGACGACAUAACAACAAUGUUUAACAUCUUGAAAAAGAAGCCUGCUGGAGCUGUGAUGGAAAGUUUGGUACUGAACAGGUCUUCAUUUGGACAAACGGUUGAGAAUCUGCUUGCUCUGUCUUUUCUAGUCAGAGAUGGCCGUGUUGAAAUAACUGUCGAUGAGAAUGGUUGCAAACUCGUUAGGCCAAGGAACUGUCCUGGUGCUGGUUCAAUUGCAUCAAGAGAUGUCACCUACCAUUCUUUUGUCUUCAGACUUGAUUUCAAGGACUGGGAGUUAAUGAGGGAUUUUGUGCCAGUUGGAGAGGAGCUGAUGCCACACAGAGGCCUCUCGGCUCCCAUGGCGGCUUCGCCGAUUAAAAACCUCUCGAGGAACAGGGUGGUGGUUGCAAAACAAAGCCCAACCGUUGCUGAAGUAUGUUCUAACAAAGACUGCAAUACAGCAAUGCAGUUACAGUCACUGGUAACUGUAAUUGGACCAAACUGAAAAAAAAAAAAAACUGAGGAAUAGGCUUAGGAAACUAGAUGGGAUAUUCUCUCCUUGUGUAUAUUUUUGGAUUAGUGAGUAGUAAAUAUGGUGCAUCCAUAUUGGGUUAUCUUCUAACUAUAGCAACUUCAGGACUUUUUUUUGUGGAGGGACCUUUUUGUUAAAAUAUUUGAUCCCAUGUAGUUCAUAAAUUAUGUACUAAAAAAUGAUGAGUUUAGAACACUAGAGUAGAAAACCUUCCUUUUCUAUGUAUGUACUUUUUCUUUAGCUUAACUAUUAGCUUUUCCAAUAGGUUUAGGGCUGGUUUGUCACAACUUUUACUUUUAGAAGAAUUUAUAUUUUGGAAGAGUUUUUUAUCUUUGUUGAA